AUGUGUGAGCAAUCAGAGCCAAUCGCCAUCGUAGGCAUGGCCUUGAGGCUUCCCGGCCGGGUGCACAGCGCAGAGGAUCUCUGGGAGAUGUUGAUGUCCAAAAAGAGUGGGCUAAUUGACAUUCCCAAGAAGAGAUUCAAUGCCGAAGGAUUCCAGAGCGACACGCCAAUGCCGGGGACCAUGCAAACAAAGCAUGGCUACUUCCUCGACGACAUAGACCUCACGCAGUUUGAUGCAUCAUUUUUCUCCUUCGGCCACAAGGAGGCAGAACGAAUGGAUCCAGCCCAACGUCAGCUGCUGGAGAUUGCGUGGGAAUGCCUCGAAAAUGCGGGCGAGACAGAUUGGCGUGGCAAGGAAAUAGGAUGCUAUGUAGGGUCUUUUGGCGAAGAUUGGCUCGACGAAAAUGUCAUGGACCCGCACAUGUCGGGCCAGUAUCGUGCACCAGGCUUCAUGGACUUUUUCUUGGCAAACCGGGUCUCAUACGAAUACAACUGGGGCGGGCCGAGCAUGACGGUCAAGACAGGAUGUUCUGCGUCGCUUGUCGCCUUGCAUCUUGCCGUCGAGGCCCUUCGCGCUGGAAGCUGUUCAGCUGCUAUGGUUAUGGGAUGCAACCUCAUGACGUCGCCGCUGAUGACGGUUGUUUACACAGAACAUGGACUGCUUUCCAAGACAGGUAAAUGCAAGACGUUUGACGCAGCAUCGGAUGGCUACGGGCGCGGCGAAGCGGUCAAUGCGGUGUAUGUAAAGAGGCUGAGCGAUGCAAUCCGCGACGGCAAUCCUAUCCGCGCCGUGAUCCGGGCUAGUGCAACGAACCACGACGGCAGGAAGACGGGUAUGCUGAACCCGAACACGCGGGCGCAGGAGGCCCUCAUCCGUAAGACAUACGCCAAGGCCGGGAUCACUGACUUCAGCCAGACGGGCUUCUUCGAGUGCCACGGGACGGGAACGCCAGUGGGCGAUCCGCUCGAGGUUGGUGCUGUCGCCAACGUGUUUGGCGAGAGCGGCGUGCUCAUUGGCGCCAUCAAGCCCAACGUCGGCCAUUCAGAGGGCGCAGCAGGCAUUUCGAGCACCAUCAAGGCAGUCCUCGCCCUUGAACACAGUAUCAUCCCGCCCAACAUCUACUUUAACACGCCCAAUCCCCGAAUCCCCUGGAAGUCUGCACGCCUGGCCGUUCCCACCGAGCCGCUGCCAUGGCCCAAAGACCGUGCAGAACGCGUCAGUGUUAUUCUCGAGUCGUAUCACGGACUGGAGCAAACAAGCCCGGCUGUCGAACCGCUCAAGGGGCCACGUCUGCUUGUGUUCAGCGCAUCCAACUCAAAGUCGCUUGCUGCGCGGGUGCAGCAGCAUCGCGAGUACCUCGAGACGAAGGCGUCUACCAACCUUGAUGAUCUGUCCUACACGCUGGGCUGUCGGCGCGACCACCUCGCAUGUCGUGGAUAUGCCAUUUGCAACGGGCCAGGCAACAAGUUCGAACAGGGUGCACUUCGGACGAGGCCCCGGCAACCGCGCCGCAAUGUUUUUGUAUUCACUGGCCAGGGCGCUCAGACACCCCAGAUGGGCAGGGCAUUAGUCGAGACGCACCCUGUCUUCCGCAACACCAUCCGCAGACUGGAUGCCUUCUUGGGAACAUUGCACAAUAGUCCCCCAGCCUGGACUAUUGAAGGGGAGCUGCUCAGGCCCGCCGAUGCCAGCCGGAUCAUGAAAACCGAGUAUUCGCUGCCGUGCACCACCGCCAUUCAAAUCGCUCUAGUUGACGUGCUGCAGUAUUGGGGCGUGCGGCCCGAUGCCGUCGUGGGCCACUCGAGUGGAGAGAUCGCGGGAGCAUAUGCUGCUGGCGCCAUCACUGCCAAAGCCGCUAUCUCCAUUGCCUACUACCGUGGACAAGCGCCUCCGCACGCCACACAGGUCGGCGGUAUGGCAGCCAUCGGCCUGGGCGCCGAUGAGGCACGCCCCCUCUUGGUCCCUGGCGCGGUGGUGGCCUGCGAGAACAGCCCUCACAGCUGCACCAUCUCGGGAGACCGUGCAGCUGUGGAAGAGGUUGUGCGAAGUGUCGCUCAGCACCAUGCCGGCGUGCUGGCGAGAAUGCUCAAAGUAGAAAGUGCUUUCCAUUCCCACCAUAUGGUUCCUUACGGAUCUACCUACGAGGCCCUAAUCAGGCCCUAUCUCCACGAUGCUUGCACCCCUUCUGUUCCCUUCUUUUCUGCGGUUACCGGUGAUUUGGUGAAAGAUAAUGAGCUUGGCCCCGAGUAUUGGCACCGUAGUUUCGUCCAGCCUGUCCUCUUCUCGUCGGCUGUCGAGCGUCUCUUGCACUGCGGAGACGCCAACAACAGCAAUCUGCUCAUUGAGAUUGGCCCACAUCCGGCCCUUCAAGGGCCCCUUAAUCAGAUUCUGCGGGACGUGCCAAAGGUCCACGCAGUGUAUCUAGGCACGCUUCACCGAGACGAGGAGGCUGACGCCGCACUCCUGCGCACUGCCGGUGAACUCUUUGCCCAGCACGCUGGCAUCGAUCUCGCACACGUCCUGAACCCCGGCCGCGUUCUCGCCGAUCUUCCCGCAUACCCGUGGCUGUACGAUACGUACAUCCACCAGCCUCGCAAUGCAGCGGCCUAUAAAAACCGCAAGUAUCCACGCCAUGGCCUUCUGGGCGCUCGGGUGCUGGAAGGGAACGACAUCGAGCCCGCAUGGCGCAAUCUUCUCGACAUGCAGCAUGUAUCUUGGCUAGCUGACCACAUCGUGGCAGGCCAAAUCGUCUAUCCCGGAGCCGCAUUCAUUGCCAUGAUCGGGGAGGCAAUUCGCCAGGUGUCGGGCGGUAUUGAAUCAUACACGAUGCAAAAUUUCCACCUUACUGCGCCGCUUGUGCUCGAUGUGGAUAAGGUCAUUGAGCUACAGACCCGUUUGGUACCGCAAAAUGCAGAGACCAAUCACGCCAAAUGGUACGAGUUUAAGAUCUUGUCAAACGAUGGAAUAGCGUGGACAAGCCACUGUACCGGCAUGAUCCGAUCAGGCACGACAGCAGUCGUGCCUCCUGUCGACGGACCGCUCCCACGGCACUUGCCAACUACAAUUUGGUACGAUACGGCGAAGGCGGUUGGCCUGGACUAUGGUACGGCGUUCCGCGGCCUUGAUGACAUCACAGCAGGUACCCUAGAUUCACAGGCAGGAGCGACCAUCUUCGACUUUGACGACACCACUCGGUACGCCGCGCACCCUGUUGUUUUAGAUCAGUGUUUCCAAAUCAGCCUAGUUGCGCGAUCGCGGGGUCUGCGCCGCCAUUGCAAGCGCCUCUGUGUCCCCACGUCCAUCGAGGAGCUCGCCGUGUGGGGUGCAGCCAGCGAUGAAAUGCUUACUUCUGCCAAAGCCCGUGAGUGUGACGGGGGUUUUACAAGCGAGACUGUGGUAGCAAACUCUAACGGGCAGCCUGUUAUCUACAUGAAGGGCGCCGGCUUCUCCGAUUUUCCGUCCGCGCGACACGACGAAGAGCGCAAAUUGGCAUCGUAUCUUGAUUGGAUUACGGAUAUCGACUUUGUGGACGCAAGAGAGCAGUUUGCGCAUUUGUCAAUGCAUGAGCUUAUCGCGCUAAUUGGAUUGAAGGGCCCAGCUCUUCGAAUCUUGGAAUUAGCAUCCGGUGAAGAUCAGGUCACGCGAGUCGCCCUGAGUGCCAUGGAGCCGAGGGACGGGGAACGGCUUUUCUCAGUAUACACGUAUGCUUGCAUGUCUGGGGAAGCGAAAGAAAGAGCCGAAGAGAGACUUGCAGAUGUUGGGGCAAUCGAGUUCGUGUGCCCGAUACCAGGCAGCUGUGGGCAGGAGGACGAGACUUCCGCGGGCGCGUUCGACUUGAUCAUUGUGAAUCCAGAGGACAGCCUUCGAAAGGGGGGCUUCUCGAUCUUGGUUGAUACAGCUCCCUCGGGUAUUAUACUAGCAGAGGUUGCCAGUCAAACAGCGAAUGUCACCCAGCAGGUCACCCUGCUAGUGCAGGACCCUGACCAUAUAACGACCCGUUCUAUAGAGAAAUACUUCCUGGCUCAUGGCAUCAAAACCGACAUCUGCUCCAAUCCAAGCUCCCUCGGGGGCAUGCAUGGGAAUAUCGUCAUCUCACUUCUCGAUCUUCAAGGCCAUUCCUACAUCUAUACGGCAAACAAGGACAGUUUUGAGCCGCUAAUCCGCAACCUGUGCGCUUUCCAGGGUUCUUUACUCUGGCUCUUGCCCCCAACGCAAAGGUCGUGCACCGAUCCCCGCCCUUCUAUGAUACUUGGCCUAGCUCGAACCAUUCGCGCCGAACAUGGAGUGGACAUUACCACUAUCGAUGUCGAUGUCUGUGCCGCGUCUUCUGACGCUGGCCUUAACGCCCUACUAAAAAUCUACAGGAAAGUCCCGGCGAGGAGGCGUACGAUUGGUAGUCAUCAUGCAGAGGUAGAACCAGACUAUGAAUACGCCAUCGAUCAUGACGGGGCUGUGAAGGUGCCACGGAUGCGCUGGUCUUCGCUAUUGAGCGAGAUUGUAGACUGCGAGACGGCGCCGAAGAGUUCCGGUGCUCCGUCUACUUUCUCAGCGGCCUCUCCAGAAUUUCGCCCCGAUGUUUCGUAUCUCCUCAUCGGUGGGUUAGGCGGACUCGGCCGAGCAGUAUCUACGUGGAUGGUCGAGAAAGGGGCACGUAGUUUGGUCUACCUUUCACGCAGCGCUGGCAGCGAAGCGACCAAAGCAUUCUUAGGAGAGUUGGAAAGCCAAGGCUGUGCUGCCACAGUCGUUGCUGGGAGCGUCAGCAAGCGCGAGGAUGUCGCCAGUGCGGUACAACUUGCACCCAUGCCCGUAGCAGGCGUGAUGCAAAUGUCGAUGGUGCUCAAAGAUGCUCCGGCCAAUCAGAUGACGUUUCCUGAGUGGAACGUAUGUGUGCAACCCAAGGUCCAGGGUACAUGGAAUCUCCACGAUGCCCUUAUAAGCGCACCUCUCGACUUCUUUGUUUUAUUCUCGUCCAUUAACGGCGUCACUGGCCAACACGGUCAAGCGAAUUACACGGCUGCCAACGCCUUCCUCGACGCGUUUGUUCGAUACCGCCAUAGCAGAGGCUUGGCUGCGUCAGUGAUCGACAUCGGUGUCAUGAGCGAGAUUGGCGUUGUCGCGCAAGAUGAGCGGCUCGCAAAUCAAUUUCGCAAGGCCGGAUAUGCGAUGCUCGGAGAACAGGAUCUGCUGGACGGCCUUUCCAUUGCUAUUGCCAACUCACAUGCCCAGCCGUCGUCAUCGUUGACCAAGAGUCAGCUAGUUUUAGGAAUGUGGUCUGACUUGCCGCUGUCAAACCCGGCAAAUCGCGUGAUUUGGAAGCGAGACGCGCGCAUGUCCAUCGCAAACUGCUUUUCUGCUGCCAUGCCGAGCGGUACUGAAAAAUCUGAAGACGAGGACGAUGAGACGAGUGAAUUAGUCGAGUUAUCCCGGCUCCACCCGGAAAAGAUGAAGGAGGAGGACACGGUGGCAAAGUUGGCUACCGCCAUUGGGAGAGCUUUAUUCGCCCUACUCGUCCGCCCGCUUGAGGAUCUCUCGAUUGUGGAGAGCCUAGGGUCGAUGGGUUUAGACUCGCUGGUGGCCAUCGAGCUGCUCUCUUGGGUCCAGCAACGAUUCCAUGUCAUGCUGACGACGCUGGAGAUCCGGCAAUGCUCCUCGCUCGUGCACCUGGCGCAGAAGUUGAUCGAGCGGCUCUUGCAGUUGCAGCAGUAA